AUGCUUCGGUUGGUAAUUCUAGCACUUGCCGUGUCUGUGAUUACUUCGCUGCCAGCGAAAUUAUUAAAUCCUGCAGACCUAGCUUUGUAUCUAAACGAAGAAGAAUUUGAGGAUUAUUUGGAUAAAUGGCUUGCGGUGAAACAGAAAUUCUGGAUCAAUAACACUGCUAGUGACGCUCGAAGUGGUUGCACCCUAAAUGUGAAUGGAGAUUUUGGUCAACCUCAGCCUGUGUUCCUCCGUCAAAACACAAAUUCCUAUUUAUUACCUAAUGGGAAUUCUGGUCAAGUGACGUUAAACUCAGGAGAACAAGUUAUUGUAGCUUGCACUGGUAGCGGCCGUACAAUACAACAUCCAAAUAUCCUAACCAGUGUAGCUACAGCUACUGCACAAUGCGUUAACAGUAAUCUGGUGUCUGGAUCUGGUUGGUUAAAUGGUAAUCGCGAGUUUGGACAACUGACGUGCAACUCUCACGCCUAUCAUGAAGCCCAAGAAACAAAUGAGCGAUGCUUUAACAAUAAUGUUGUCAUUCAGGUUGGUUUUACAGUGAACAAUGUUUUUUAUCCGUUAUACCGAUCCUGCUUUGACAAAAAUCGAUUUGAAUUAAUAUAUGUAUGGUACGAGCAAAAUCCAUCGAAUGCUAUUCACCAGACUGGAGUUGAUAGACCGAGUUGGUUAGCUGCUGGUUUCUUUCCUGGAGUAACAAUAAACAGUCUCUACACCCAAGUGCAACAAAAGCAAGCUAUUGCGAGGGCUGUUGGUGAUACACUGGCAGACCAGUACGUCACAUCACAUCAGUUCCUAGCUCGAGGUCACCUUAUUGCUAAGAGCGAUCAAGUUUUCGCGACAGGUCAGCGUGCAACAUUCUACUUCAUUAACGCUGUACCACAGUGGCAGCCCUUCAAUGCUGGCAAUUGGAACUCACUUGAACAAGAUCUCAGAAGUCGUAUUGGUGAGGCUGGCUACAAUUGCAUUAUUUACACCGGAGCAUUCGGAGUAACCCAACUACGUGAUGCGAAUGGCCGUUUUGUAGAUAUUUACCUCGAUAAUACCGAUAACAAUGAAAGAUUACCUGUUCCACUAUACAUGUACAAGGUCGCAUACGAUGAAUCUCGACGCGUUGGUACUGCAUUCAUAAGUAUCAACAACCCUCACUAUACUCUGGCUGAGGCGCGCGCUCUCCAGUUCUGCACCGACCGAUGCCGUAGCAACUCUGCUUUCAACUGGCUCGGCUGGCAACCAGACCGAGUUGAUAUCGGAUACAGCUUCUGUUGCUCUAUUGAUGAUUUCACUAGACUUAUUCCCCACUUACCAUCCAUGACCGUUAACGGCUUACCUGCUUCUGCUUUACCAGCAGAGCUUCCUCAUCCCAGUGAUUUAGCUGAAGUAUUAAGUGAAGAUGCAUUUGAGGAUUACCUCGAUAAGUGGCUUGAAUUAGAGCAACAAAGAUGGCUUAAUGACACAAAUAUAUUCGACACCCCUAGUGCUCGAAGUGGAUGCACAUUCCGCGUCAGAAAUGAUUUUGGUCAGCCCCAGCCAGUCUACAUUAACAGACGAACAAACACGUACCUAACUCCAUCAGGAAAUUCGGGUCAAGUUCGUUUAAAUGCUGGUGAUGAUAUUAUUGUAUCUUGUGUUGGUUCAUCACGCCAAAUUCUUCACCCAAACAUUGCAUCAACUGUCUCAACCGCUACUGCAAGGUGUGUCAGAGAUAAUCUCGUCUCAGGGUCAGGAUGGCUUAAUGGAAAUCGGGCUUUUGGUCAACUGACUUGCAAUAGCAAUUCUAAUCAUGAAGCCGUUCAAACUAAUGAUAGAUGCCACAAUAAUAAUGUUGUUAUCAGAGUUGGCUUUAGAGUCAAUAAUGUUUUCCAUCCACUUUUCUGGUCAUGCUAUGACAGAAAUCGAUAUGAAGUUUUAUAUGUGUGGUAUCCUCAAAACCCUUCAAAUACAGUUCAUCAAACUGGAGUUAAUAGACCCAACUGGGCAGCUGGCGGUUUCUUCCCGGGUAUUGACAUUAACAAUAUCUACACUCAGAACAGCCAAAGACAGGCCAUUGCUAGAGUGGUUGGUAAUAACUUGGCGAAUAGAUACGUUACAAGCACCCAGUUCCUCGCUCGUGGUCACCUAAUAGCCAAAAGUGAUCAAGUUUUCGCCACUGGACAACGUGCAACAUUCUACUUCAUUAAUGCUGCUCCUCAAUGGCAACCAUUUAACGCAGGCAACUGGAACAAUCUUGAACAAGAUCUCCGUGCCCGUAUUGGAGCUGCAGGUUACAACUGCAUGAUUUACACCGGCACCUUUGGCGUAGCCCAACUACGCGACGCGUCUGGUCGCUUUGUCGACAUUUACCUCGAUAAUACAAAUAACCGCCGCCGUGUCCCUGUACCGCUCUACUUUUACAAGGUCGCUUAUGACUCAUCGAGACGUUUGGGAACUGCAUUCAUAAGUAUCAACAAUCCCCACUUGUCUGCAUCAGAGGCCCGCGCACUGCAAUUCUGCACAGACCGGUGCAGAAAUAACAACGCUUUUAGCUGGCUCAGGUGGAGGCCCGACCGCGUCGAUCAGGGUUACAGUUUCUGCUGCACUGUCGCUGAUUUCAGGAGGCGUAUUCCUCACUUACCUUCUUUCACAGUGAAUGGCCUUCUUUCAUAA